CAUGAUCAAAGAAAAAAAAAAGAAGAUAUUAUCUUGAAAUACUUGAUUAUCUAAUUUAAGCUUCUCUAUUUUCUAUAUAUUGUGAGUAAUUAAGCUUUGUCUUUUACAAGUCACAACAACUCAGAUAAAGAGAUAACUCAAAAAGCACAAUAAUACAAUAUCCAUUUAGACAUCCAGACCAUGAAAUCAUCAUUGCGUACAUCUCUCAUCUGCAUACUCAUGCUCUCUCUCUUUGCUCUACAUCAAUGUGUGAGGAUGACGGUAAGAGAGAUAGGAAGGUCGAACAAAAUCUAUAUUCCUAUGUGACCAUGUUUCCAUGACAGCUCAUGCGACCAUGUUUUCAAAAGAGACUGUUAUUGCUGCGGGACAAAACCAGAUCUUUGCUGGGAUGAUCAACACUAUUGCAACACCCAUUGUCCUCCUCUAAAACCAUUAAUAAACUGAUGUACAAAUACUUAUUCAAAUCUCAGAGUUUUCUAAGCAUUCGUAUAAUGUGCUUAAUUGUACCAAUUUUCUUAAUUUUCACAUAUACGAAUUAGGUAAGCAAUGAUACUAACUACUAAAAAAUUUAACUGUUGCUUAUGGAUGAAUUCUUGUCCAUAGAAUUUCUACA